CCUCGGGGGAGGCCUGUGCUGCUGUGGAAAUCCAGGAUCUGAUGCUGGGGAUUAUCAGACAAACUGUCCUGCUCUGUUUGCUGGCAAUUCCAGGCAGAAGAGUCUCUGCAAAAUGGCAACUGCUCAGAAGCAAAGGAAUUGCAUGAGUGCAGUUGUCUUCCCUAAAAAAAUAGCCACGGAGCAGCAGUCCCUGAUGCUGGUGAAGAGGCUCCUGGCAGUGGCCGUGUCCUGCAUCACGUACCUGAGAGGAAUCUUCCCUGAAAGUGCCUAUGGAACGAGAUACAUGGAUGAUGUCUGUGUCAAAAUCCUGAGGGAGGACAAGAACUGCCCUGGCUCCAGCCAGCUGGUGAAAUGGAUGUUGGGGUGCUACGAUGCCUUGCAGAAGAAAUACCUCAGGCAGAUUGUCCUCGCAGUCUAUACCCAGCCAGAAGAUCCUCAGACGGUCACCGAGUGUUACCACUUCAAGUUCAAGUACACCCACCACGGGCCCCUCCUGGAUUUUGGCAGGGAUCCCUGUGGCUCUCCCAUCCCGUGUUUGGACACGAGGAAGGCCAGCAUCCUCCUCAUCCGCAAGAUCUUCGUGCUCAUGCAGAACCUGAGCCCUCUGCCCAGCGACGUCUGCCUCACCAUGAAGCUGCUCUACUACGACGAGGUGACACCCCCCGAUUACCAACCCCCGGGCUUCAGGGAGGCCAAGUGUGAGGGGCUCAUGUUCAACGAGGAGCCCACGCACCUCAACGUGGGGGAGGUGCCCACCCCCUUCCACCUGCUCAAACUCAAGAUCACCACCGAGAAACAGCGCCUGGAAAACGUGGAGAAAAAAAACUCGAUUUUCUCAUUUCAGGUGGAUCAUUUGGCCCAAAAAACCUCUGAGCUGGUUGUGUCAGAGAGCAGGACGAGGAGUGGGAAGAUAUUUCAGAGCUGCCUUGUGCACCAGGCCGAGCUCUCCUCCAGCCAGGACGUGCUGCCCAAGAGGAGGAAGCUCAGCGAGCCCAAGGAGCGCUUUUAGCUGCCAAACCCCUCCGGAAUUCUCCUCCACUCCAUUCCCACGUGCUCGUUCCACGCCCCGUUGGUUCUCCGGGAUCUGUUCUGCUCCCUCAGCGGUUCCCAGGGAUCUGUUCUGCUCCCUCAGCAGUUUUUUUAGGGAAGGAAAGGCCAGGAAGCCCAGCUGGAGAAUUCAAGGCCCGGCAGGUGGGACCGGAAAACCCCGAGAAGGGAUUUUGGGGUUGGCUGCAGGUCCUGAUGGUGGUGGAGCAAAGCCCAUUCCCAUGGAGCCUUUGGAACUUAUCCUGCCCCCAAACCUGCCCAGUCUUGGAGGUGAUUCCCGGAGCUUUCUGGCUGUUCCAGUGUUUGCUUUUCCUGCCGGGACACUUGGAGGGUUUCAUGAGUUGUUUGUGUUUCUUCCAGACCGAAGGCACCACACUCGGGUGGAAAACUGGCUUUCUCCAUGAGUUUAAUUCCAAAUUCCCUGCCAGAAUGCAGGAAUUUCUGCUGCCUUUAACUCCAGAUUCCAUAUCAGAAAAUGCAGGAAUUUCUGCUGCCUUUAACUCCAGAUUC